CUCAGGCGCUCCUCUCAAACGUCAAAGCCUCAGAGAGGAACGGCUUGAUCUGGUUGGGUAUUUUAAUCCUGCUGGAUAGCUUCACUGUCACUUCAUCAACUUUUGCUCUCAUGUUGGAAUUAUGACUCUGAAUACAGACGAGGUUCAUGGUGGGAUGGAUCUCUUUGACUACCUGCACAGGAACACAGAUGAAACCACUGAUUGCCACAGCAACCAAUCAUGGACUAUCACAAUUCAUGAAACCCUGAGCACCCAGGGAAGUGCUGCCGAUGACUUCCUGGACUCCCUGCUGGGGGGGAGCGUCUCCUCCUCGGCUCCAGCGUCCCCCCUGUGGUCACCCUGCACCACUGACAGCGGCAUCAACGAGGACACCCCGUCAGAUCCCAAAGACAGCUUUCACCCACACUUCUGCACAGCCUUUCCAGCCUUUGAUACGCAGUCUUUCCCUCUGCCUCCAGUUCCAGAGAACAAGCCACCACCAAAUGAAAAGACGACUGACGUUUCCAUUGAUCUGGGCUGGGAGUCCGACGGCCUCCAGGAGCAGCUGGGCAUCGCACACUACCUCACCCCGAACCGCACCCCCCCACUGUCGUCCAGUCAGGCUCUCUCGGUGAAGGACCUGCUGCUUUCCAGUCCGGGGCAGACAGCGCAGCGAUUCCCCCAGCAUUCCCUGCAAGAGCUUGUUCUUAAUGAGGAUGAGAAGAAGCUCCUGGCUAAAGAAGGGGUGAACCUACCCAGCAAACUGCCCCUGUCCAAGUUUGAAGAGAGGGUUUUGAAGAAGAUCCAGCGGAAAAUUCGCAACAAGCGCUCAGCUCAAGAAAGUCGGAAGAAGAAGAGGGAAUAUGUUCAUAAUCUGGAGGGAAGGAUGUCUGCAUGCCGCGCUUACAACCUCAAGCUGCAGGGAAGAGUCCAGCAGCUGGAGGAGACCAACAAUGAUCUGCUGGAGCAGCUAAGCCGGCUACAGGCUCUCCUUCCUAACACCUCUGGCAAAAGCACACACAGAGGGACCUGCAUCAUGGUUUUGCUCCUCUCCUUCUCCCUGCUCAUAUCCUCCAAUCUUCAGCCAGACCCCUACAGCCACUCGAGCCAGGAAGAGUACACACAGACCAAAGUGCCGUCCCGCACCUUGCAGUCGAUGGAUGAAGGGCGAGACGCCGCUCCUCUUCCUCUCUUCUCCGUCUCCAGGGGCUUUGAGGCCCUGUGCCGGCUGAUGGACAGGUCUCCCUGCAGUAGAUUUCCAAUCGUCUCGCCACCACAAGGACCGGUACAACCGCUGAUCUCCUCGGGACCCCCAGGAGGAAAGACUUAGCUAAAGGAAAGCAGACUUGCUUGCAGGCGCAGCAUCUAAAUGAGCAGCUUGAUUGCUUUUCUGCAUUUAUUCCUCACCGCAGACUGAGUGAGGCGUUAUGUUGUCUUUGGCAUCAGCUCCAACACAAAAUCCGCUAAUUAAAAGAUUUAACUGCGAUUUGCUCACUUAGAUGGAGGCCGGUGAGGACGUCAUCCA